AGUGUAAAACUACAUUACCCAUAAAGCCCAGGUGCAUAUGUUUUCUUUUUUUCCGGAUGUAGCAUCACAUGAAUUGACUGUCAACAUGCAAGAUGGCCACGCAUCACAGGCAAAAUGCUGCUGGGCGGAGGAAAGUACAGGUGUCUUAUGUCAUUAGAGACGAGGUGGAGAAGUACAACCGGAACGGGGUGAACGCUCUCCAGCUCGAUCCUGCGCUCAACCGGCUCUUCACAGCUGGGAGGGACUCCAUCAUCCGGAUAUGGAGCGUCUACCAGCACAAACAGGACCCAUAUAUCGCGUCUAUGGAGCAUCAUACAGACUGGGUUAAUGACAUAGUCCUCUGUUGCAAUGGAAAAACAUUGAUAUCUGCCUCAUCAGAUACAACAGUCAAAGUAUGGAACGCGCAUAAAGGGUUUUGUAUGUCGACGUUACGAACACACAAGGACUAUGUGAAGGCAUUGGCCUACGCUAAGGACAAGGAGCUAGUGGCGUCUGCAGGUCUGGACCGGCAGAUAUUUCUUUGGGAUGUGAACACUCUAACAGCACUCACUGCUUCCAACAACACUGUCACCACCUCGUCUCUCAGCGGGAACAAGGACUCGAUCUACAGUCUGGCUAUGAACCAGAUGGGCACAGUCAUUGUAUCUGGAUCCACAGAAAAGGUUCUGAGAGUGUGGGAUCCUCGAACAUGUGCGAAGCUGAUGAAGCUAAAAGGCCACACAGACAAUGUGAAGUCGUUGCUGCUGAACCGAGACGGCACUCAGUGUCUGUCGGGCAGCUCAGACGGAACCAUCCGCCUUUGGUCACUUGGCCAGCAGAGGUGUAUCGCCACCUAUCGGGUGCACGACGAAGGCGUCUGGGCCCUGCAGGUCAAUGAGGCCUUCACACACGUAUAUUCUGGAGGCAGAGACAAAAAGAUCUACUGCACUGACCUGCGUAACCCAGACAUCCGUGUGCUCAUUUGUGAGGAAAAGGCCCCGGUGCUCAAAAUGGAACUGGACAGAUCUGCUGACCCACCUCCAGCAAUCUGGGUCUCCACCACCAAGUCAUCCGUUAAUAAAUGGUCUCUAAAGGGAAUGCACAACUUCAGAUCAUCAGGGGAGUAUGACAAUGACUGCAGUACCCCUCUGACACCACUGUGUACUCAGCCAGAACAAGUCAUCAAGGGAGGUGCCAGUAUUAUACAGUGCCACAUUCUGAACGACAAGAGACACAUACUCACCAAAGAUACCAACAACAACGUGGCGUUCUGGGAUGUCCUGAAGGCGUGCAAGGGAGAAGACUUGGGGAAAGUGGAAUUUGAUGAAGAGAUUAAAAAACGCUUCAAGAUGGUCUAUGUGCCAAAUUGGUUCUCUGUAGAUCUGAAAACUGGGAUGCUCACUAUCACUCUGGAUGAGAGCGACUGCUUCGCUGCCUGGGUCUCUGCAAAGGACGCCGGCUUUUCAAGUUCUGAUGGAUCUGACCCAAAGUUGAACCUGGGUGGACUGCUGCUCCAGGCUCUGCUGGAGUUUUGGCCCAGAACCCGCAUCAACCCCAUGGAUGAGGAGGAGAAUGAGGUGAACCACGUGAACGGAGAGCAGGAGAACAGGGUCCAGAAAGGAAAUGGAUACUUCCAGGUGCCACCACACACGCCAGUCAUCUUUGGUGAAGCAGGAGGCAGAACUCUUUUUAGGUUGCUAUGUAGAGAUUCAGGUGGAGAGACUGAAUCCAUGCUGCUGAAUGAGACGGUCCCUCAGUGGGUUAUCGAUAUAACUGUAGAUAAAAAUAUGCCCAAGUUCAACAAAAUCCCAUUCUACCUCCAGCCUCAUUCUUCCUCUGGUGCAAAAACUCUAAAAAAGGAUCGUUUGUCUGCCAGCGACAUGCUCCAGGUGAGGAAGGUGAUGGAGCACGUCUACGAGAAGAUCAUCAACCUGGACAACGAGUCGCAGACCACCAGCUCCUCAGCCAACGACAAGCCUGGAGAGCAGGAGAAGGAGGAGGACAUGGCCAUGCUGGCUGAAGAGAAGAUCGAGUUAAUGUGUCAAGACCAGGUUCUAGAUCCCAACAUGGACCUGCGAACAGUUAAACAUUUUAUCUGGAAGAGCGGAGGGGACUUGACGCUUCACUAUAGGCAGAAGUCCACGUGAAAGUCCUGAUUUUUAAAAACCAGAACUCUUUGUCAUUUGCCAAUCACCACCCACCUCUGACAUGUAGUACCCUAAACCCCAUUGUGUGGUCAAGAGUCGCGGUAUCAGUGCGAACCCAGUGAAAUUUGUGAGGACGUGGCUCAUGGUGUAUCAUAGGGAACUGACCAGAACAGGCCGGCGCAGCCAACAGACCCCUGAAGGAUCAGUGGUCCAUAUUGGUUUUUUUUUUUGUUUUUUUUACAGUUUCAAGAAUGGACUUUAAUGUUUUCUCCAGGUCUCAACUUUUUUUUCAAGGUCUUUGACUGCUGUUUAUUUUUUCCCCCCUCGUCUUGAUUGGCAUUUUAUUUCGAAGCGACUGAAGUUCCACUACAUGUUUGUGUCUGAGUGUGUGUGUGCACAUGGAUGUAGUAGACUGUUUGUUCUAGUACAUUCCACAAACUGUCCUCGCUCUACAAACACUCUGCACCUGCCUCAGCAGCAUCACCAGUUUAGGAGUGCACUCGGUCUCUGGGUAGCGUCACAGCCCCUCAAAGAAACCCUCGUCUGUUCUGUUGUCGACAUCUUAACUUGAACUUAGACAUCUAAUUAUUGCAGAGCUUGAACCUCAUUGACAGAAGCACUUGUAUUUGUCUUUCAUUUUUAGCUGUGCUGUUCUCAAUGAAAGGAAUGUCCUUUUUUUUUUUGUAAAUAUGUGUACAACUUUUUUUUGAUUUAAAUGAAUUUCUUUUUGGUUUUGCAGCCGUUUCAUUUUGUUCCUGUACAGUUUUACUUAAAAAAAAAAAAAAAAAACAGUUAUUUUUCCAAAUCCCUAGAGCACAUUCAUGAUCAUGGAGGUUAUUCGACUUGGAUGUUAAAAUUUUUUGGCAUUUUGUCGUAUUCACUGCAACCCAGAAAUUGCAGUUUAGUCUGAAAAAUGUUAGUAGUCGUCCAAGUCAUCUUAGCAAUUGGGGAAAUUAUAUAUAAGGUAUAUAUCUUUAACAAUAACUCAUGCUUACAUGCUCUGAGCAGUGACUUUGAUGACGGUGAGGGCUGUUCCUAAUGUAUAUUUCAUUUAGAAUCAAUAGGAGUUCAAUAUAACUUGAAGGGGAGAGAAUCUAUGAACAUUCAACCACUGUGGGGAAAUUCACCAAAGUGAAAUAAACGCUAACACUGAUUUCUCUCUUGGUGUGCCACCAAGCAGAAGAACAACACAUCUUUUCAUUGUAAAUCUUCUGGAGUUUUUUUUUUUGCCAUGACGAGUGUGUGUGUGUGUGUGUGUGACGCCAUAGCGGGGAGGGGGGGUGCAUCGAGGGAGCGCUAAUUGGCCAAAAACAGGAUGUGUACCAUAAUCAGGCCAUAACUCUGCAAUAUCCCUUGUUGUAAUAAUUUGUGAAAUAUGUAUAUUUUAGGCAUUAAAAGAAAUAAAUUGGAAUGAUUUAACAAAGA